AUGGACAAGACAUUGAGUAUUACAAUGUGUGCUAUGUUCUUAUUCAUUAGUAAUUUCAUUAAAACUCAAGCAAAAGACUGCAAUAUAGCUAGCUAUGGUGGAAAUCCUAAUGGAGAUAUCACAGAUGCACUCGCAAAAGCAUGGACUGAUGCUUGUACAGCCACCGAGCCUAGCAAAGUAAUUGUUGGUCCAGGCACUUACACGAUGAAUGCAAUGGAUAUUAAAGGACCAUGCACAGCUCCUUCAAUUGAGUUACAGGUUGACGGUGUAAUUCAAGCACCAGCAAAUCCUGCUUCUCUAAAAGGUGCAGACCAAUGGGUUAGAAUAGGAUAUGUGAAUGGCUUCACAUUAUCUGGCACUGGAACUUUUGACGGCCAAGGUCCAGCUGCUUGGAAAGCAAAUGAUUGUGCAAAAAAUCCAAAAUGCAAUUGGCCUACCAUGAACUUUGGUUUCAACUUCCUCAACAAUUCUUAUAUCAGAGGUGUGACAUCAAAAGAUAGCAAAAACUUCCAUGUCAAUGUUCUUUCAUGCAAUAAUAUCAACUUUGAUGGGUUUAAUAUCAGCGCACCUGGAGAUAGCCCAAACACUGAUGGAAUUCACAUUGGAAGAUCAAACGGAGUGACUGUUGCAAAUACCAAUAUAGCUACUGGAGAUGACUGUGUCUCGUUAGGUGAUGGUAACUCAAACAUAACUGUGGUAAAUGUGACUUGUGGACCUGGUCAUGGUAUUAGUGUUGGUAGCCUUGGUAGAUAUGAUAAUGAAGCCCCCGUUUCAAAUGUCAAUGUCAAAAAUUGUACAAUAUCUAACACAAUGAAUGGUGUAAGGAUCAAGACCUGGCCUGGCACUCCGGGGGCUAUUACUGUGACCGAUAUGCAUUUUGAAGAUAUUAUUAUGAAUAAUGUCCAAAACCCUGUGAUCAUAGACCAGGAAUAUUGCCCAUCAAAUCAAUGCGACAAAUCGUCUCCAUCAAAGAUAAAGAUAAGCAAUGUGAGUUUCACAAACAUUCAAGGCACUUCUCAAACUCAAGAUGGAGUAGUUCUUAUCUGUAGUAGCGGAGUACCGUGUGAGAAUGUUCAGCUGAAUAACAUUAAUCUCGCAUUCAAUGGAGCUGAAGUAACUGCUAAAUGUCUCAAUGUCAAACCAACAGUUACAGGAACGGCGCCAACCUGUGCAGCAGCUUAA